AUGGAUCAGUGCGCCCUCGAUCCUGAUACCGUCAUCGGCACCAACAGCACCGACAACUCCACCCUCGUCUUCUCCGACUUUGCCGUCUCCCUCGCCAACAUUGCGCCCUGCGGCGCCCCUACGUAUCUGAGGCCGGACCCAGGCGGCUGUCUUUUGCCCUGGCCCUAUACCCUCGCAUGGAUCCUCGUUCACCUGCCCGUGACGGUCCUGCGCGUGAAUCGGUGGGAAAAGGUCCAGACACUGUCCAUCCUCCUGGCCUUCUUCAGCGUCUACUUUACAGCCCAAGCUUACACGACCCACCUGACGCCCGACCAGGUCAUGGUAUGGAUGCCCCUUGCCAUCGUGCUCGAUGUCGGCGCCAUGAUGCAGCUCGUCUUCCUCGUCAUUCAGGAAAACGGCGUCGUGCUGUUAUGGGCUGCCUUUAAGCAGCUCCUCAUGAGACCUUUCCGGCCGCAGCGGAGGCCGUCCAUCGAGCUCAUCCGCCAAGACGCGCGCGGCGAGAACAACAACGGUAAUAUUGCAAAGGGUAUCGCCGUCCACGUUCUUGAACCAGAGCCCGUCCCGCAAGACCGCGACCUCGCCCCGAAGGCCCUCAUCACACUCCUCGCCCUCUUGCUCCUCGUCACGCUCGUCAUCCUCCAGUUCGUGGGGCUCGCCAACGCCGCACGCGGCCGCAAGACUGACGACCUCGCCGCCGUCUGGUGUUCUCCCAUGUUCCAGUCCGGCGAGGCCGUCCUCGCCACGCCCGCGCGGUGCCAGAGCACCCCGCUCCCCGUCGACCGCUCCGCGAGCCAGGGCAUCGGCUGCGUCCGCCUGCCGGGCCGACGACCAGCGCCGCUGGCUGACCGCCACCGUCGCCGUGCUCUCCGCGAGCCUCGUCGCACAGGUCGUCGACGCCGCCGUCCUCGUCCUCGUCGGCAAUAA